UCUACUUCUUCAUUUAAAUUCAAACCCAGCAAAAACCAAUGUAAAAAUUUCCAUCAUAUCAUAUAUAUUCAUAUAUACAUGUCAGUUUGCAGCAGCAACAAACCUCUAAAGAUGGCGACUCUGCACAAGUUCAAGCUCCUAACUUUACACUGCGGAGCGGCCCAGAGCCCGACCCGAAGUCCAAGAACGAGCCCGUUGAUCCAGCUCCGUCGCCGGAAGCCCAGCCUGCUAAUGCUUCUCAGCCGGAGCCGCAGCCGUCGAUCGCAUAGGCGGAGAGAGUCGACGGCGCCGGUGGAGCCGCGACCGGAGAAAAGGAACAGCCUGAAGGAGCUGUUUGGUUCGUCGCCGCCUUUCGAAGGGUUUGAGAAGAUGGAGAAGCGGGAGGAGUUCGGGUUGGUGGUGGUGGGUAAAGAAGGAGGAGGAGGAGUUGGGCCGGGUGCGCCGAGGCCGGGUUGGACCGGUUUCCGGUACAGGUCGUUGUUGAGGAGGGCUUGGCGUCCUGUGUUGGUUACUAUUCCCGAGUAAAAAAAUUCUUUACCUCGAGUUUAAUUACUGGGAGUGAUAGUGCAAUGUACAACUGUACACGUUAUUAUAAUUUCGUUAAAAUUGGCGCGGUAAAACAAUUUGUUCACAUCAAUCUUUGUCUUGAGGUAAAGUUUUCUUGCAUUUUACGGUGUUUUUAUUUUAAUAAAUUAAGGGCAGUUUAUCCUAAAUAAAAAAAACAAACGGGGUUUUGAUUAGGUUCGAUUCAAUCGUGUUCUUCGUGGAGCUAAAAUUGUGGGAGUUUUGAGGUAAAUAUUUGUUAUAAACUUCAUGGAGUUCUUGAAGUCCUGCCGGAGAAGCAAAACAUGAUGCCGGGUUUGGUCGUCGGUGUAGGCUGCUCUAAAUCCUUUGUCAUGUAAAUUGUAUCAACAUUGCAAA